AUGAAGCGCCUCGGUGUCAAGCGGCGGCGGCCGCAGGGCGCCUUCCCCUCCAACGAGCUGGUCACCGCUCGCUACAACGUGCUGAGCUUUGUGCCUGUUAACCUGUAUCAGCAGUUCAAGCGGGUGGCGAACAUGUACUUUCUGGCACUGAUCUGCCUGCAGGCGAUCCCCGGCCUGUCGCCGGUGCCGUGGUGGGGCACCCUGUUCCCACUGGCGGUGGUACUGACGGUCAACGGCGUGAAGGAGGCGUUCGAUGACUACUGGCGCCACGUCAGCGACGCGCAGGUCAACCGCCGGUUGGCGACGCUGCUGCGGGAGGAUGGUGAUGUGGCCAUUCACUGGAACACGGUGCAGGUGGGGGACCUGCUUCGGCUGCACGACGGGGAGGACAUCCCGGCAGACAUGGUGCUGCUAGCGUCAUCCGACCCCGAGGGCCUGUGCUACGUCGAGACCGCCAACCUUGAUGGGGAGACCAACCUGAAGGUCAAGAACUGCCACCUGGCGACGGCCUCCUAUGACUGCGCGGGUGCGACGGGGACGCCAUGA